AUGGUCUUCCGGAUGGCCCGCCUAGCACCCCCGCCCGCCCGUCUCACACCGCGGCGUCUUUUGUUCAUCGCAUCGGCAGGUGUACUUUUUGGCGUUCUCUUCUUCAGCUUGGCCCCAAUCACCUCACCACUUCCGCCUUACACAGGACCGCAUGAGGUUGGCAUACUGGAUGUUGAGACAGAGGUCCAAAAGAGAACGAUUCAUGAUGCUGUACUGAAGGCAACUGGGGAGAAGACUUUCGAACUCAAUACAUUGGCCAUCACUUUAUACUACCCAUCUUCUCUGCCUCUGGCGUCGCCUAGUCAGCGACUAUGGGCACGACCAUGGCUGCCCCAACCGGUUUCGCUCAUUGGCGAGGGAUAUGCUCGGCUUGCCGGUGUAUCGAAACUGUCUUCGGUUUUCACGUUUGCUCUCUGGCUCCUUGGUUCAAGCACGGUCAUCCCAGGUGUCGUUGAUGCACCCAUACUUUCCGGCGCUGAGCAGAUAUUGGGCGAAGAUGGCAGUGGUGCAGGCAGCUUCGGAAAGAUCAUGAGCGCAGCAGAGGAGGAGCAUCAGGAAUUGAAACGCGGUAGUGAUCUCGGGAGUUAUGCCCACUACCUCGGAAGUAUCGCAAGUUACGGCUAUGUUGUCGCUGCUGUCGAACACCGCGACGGAAGCGGACCCGGUACUAUCGUGCACUAUCCUGAUGGGACGGAGCGGAAAGUUUGGCACCUGAAACUCGAGGACCUUGCAGUCGACCCGCCAAUGACUGACCUAGAUCUUAAGGCUGCACAACUCAACUUCCGCGAAGCCGAGAUCAGCGAAACCAUCAAGCUCUUCGCGCAACUCAACGCUGGUGACGCACCAGUCGUGAACCUCAAGCCUGAUUCACCGCGGAACGCCCUACCUGGUUUCAAGAACCGUCUCAACUUGUCUGCAGUCACAGUCGGAGGCCACUCAUACGGCGCUACAGGCGUGAUGCAAGCACUCAAAUCUGCUGGCUCAAAGGCAAUGCCCAUCAACGGCGGCGUUGCGUUAGACCCUGGAAAGGGGUCCGGACCGCUGAACAAAGACAUCGAUGUACCAGUACUUGUAAUGCAGAGCGGUGAAUGGACAGAGAAGCAAACGGAUUUCUACGGACAGGGAUGGCACUUCAAUGUUGUGAAGGGCAUCAUCGAAAACGUGAAGGUGGGAUGGUUCAUGACCUUGAUGGGCACCGCUCAUCCGUCUUGUACCGAUGCGCCUCUGAUCGUUCCUUGGAUUAUGAAGUUAGUCACUGGUACAACGCUCAACAGCAAGGACGCGCUUCACGAGUACAUCGACACAUCGGUCGCCUUCCUAGAGUACCUGCGAACAGGUGAGAAGAAGGGCGUUCUGGAGAGCGGUGUUACAAAUGAUGAAGGACCUUUCCAUCGUGUCACACCACGUGAAACGGUCAAGGGCCCGCAUGGCGCUAACUGGGAAGUUCACGUUGUGCCUAAGGCGGAGUAG